AUGGAAAAAUUUGAAAAACCCCAAAUAAUUUGUCAUAUUGAGAAAUCAGUAAAUUAUUCAUUAUUCGAUUCAAAAUGGAUUCCGUGUAGUGCAAAAUUUGUGGUUAUGGGUUCGCGACCGCGUGGUAGCGGUAUCAUACAAAUCUAUGAAAUCUCUAACGGUGAACUAAAUCUUCUUAAAGAUAUUGAAAGAUCGCAACCAAUAAAAUGCGGAACUUUCAAAGCAUCCAGUUUGAAGGAUAGAUAUUUAGCGACUGGUGAUUUUCAGGGUAAAUUAAACAUCUAUAACCUGGAAGAUCCUUCAAUACCAAUUUACUCUGUUAAUGCUCACAAUGAGAUUAUAAAUAGUAUUGAUGGUAUAGCUGGGCAGAGCAUUGGAUAUGGUGCACCAGAAUUAGUAACUGGUUCUAGAGAUGGAAGUGUUAAAGUUUGGGAUCCUAGACUAAAAGGACGCCCAGUUGCUGUUAUGAAACCCAAAGAGGGUGAAGCUCAUAGAGAUUGCUGGUCAGUUACAUUUGGAAAUUCAUAUAACUCUGAGGAAAGAGUUGUAGCUGCUGGUUAUGAUAAUGGAGAUGUAAAGAUGUUUGAUUUGAAAAAAAUGGGUGUUUUAUGGGAGAGUAAUCUUAAAAAUGGAGUUUGUAGCAUUGAAUUCGAUAGAAAAGAUAUUCCAAUGAAUAAAUUAGUAGCUACCACUUUGGAGUCAAAACUUUAUUUAUUUGACUUAAAGACACAGCAUCCUAAAAAAGGAUUUGCUUAUCUAAUUGAAAAGGCACAUAAUUCAACAGUAUGGUUGGUGAAACAUCUACCACAAAAUCGUGAAAUAUUUGUUACUUGUGGUGGAGGAGGAAAUCUUUGCCUAUGGAAAUAUAAUUAUCCAGAGAAACGAAAAAUAGUAGAUGCAGAUGGUUUAGAUCAAGGAGUUAUUGGUAAUCUAAUUUUGUUACAAAACAGUACUGUUUCGUCACAACCUGUUAGUUCUUUAGACUGGAGUCCAGACAAACAGGGCCUGGCUGUUUGCACUGCAUUUGAUCAAUGUUUGAGAGUAAUUAUCACAACGAAACUUAAUACCUACUAA